GGGGUAGAGACGAGGCGAGACGCAGCGGAGCGGAGGUGGAGUCUGAAGGUGGGGAGGGAGAAGAAAGGGGAGAGGAGGAAAACGGGGAAAGGCAGAUACAACAGAAACGGGGGGAGGACGGCGGAUGAUUUACGUUUUAAAAAGUUCCAGUACAGCCAAUUUAAGAGUUGCCGCGAAGAGGAGUAAGACAAGAUGAUAAAGCCCUACUUCCUAGAGAAUUUCUGGGGGGAAAAAAAUAAUGGCUUUGACGUGCUCUACCAUAACAUGAAGCAUGGCCAAAUUUCCUCCAAGGAGCUGACCGACUUCAUCAGAGAAAGAAGCACAAUUGAAGAGGCCUAUGCAAGGUCAAUGACCAAACUCGCCAAGUCAGCUGGCAACUUCUCUCAGCUAGGGACGUUUGCUCCGGUGUGGGAUGUGUUCAAGACGUCAACUGAGAAGCUGGCCAGCUGUCACAUGGAGCUAGUUAGGAAACUGCAAGAACUUAUAAAAGAGGUCCAGAAGUAUGUGGACGAGCAGGCCAAAGCACACAAAAAGACAAAAGAAGAGGUGGCGUCCACCCUGGAGGCCGUCCAGAACAUCCAGACCAUAUCUCAGGCUCUGCAGAAGUCCAAGGAGAUUUACAAUGCCAAAACUGUAGAGCAAGAGCGCCUCCGCAAAGAGGGGGCCACCCAGCGAGAUGUGGACAAGGCUGGAGUAAAAGCCAAAAAAGCCACAGAGACCUACAAGUCGUAUGUUGAAAAAUACGCCACGGCGAAGUCAGAGUUUGAACAGAAGAUGACAGAAACUGCACAGAAAUUCCAAGACAUUGAAGAGAACCACAUUCUCCAAAUGAAGGAGAUCAUCCAGGCGUACGCGCAGUCCGUGGACGAGACGCACAUUCAGAUAGGAGAGGUCCAGAAUGAGUUUGUGAGGAACAUUGAAAACACCUCAGUGGAGAGUUUAAUACAGAAACUGGCUGAGAGCAAAGGAACGGGCAAGGAGAGACCAGAGCCCAUUGAGUUUGAAGAGUGCAAUAUAGCUGUUGCUACCGAAGGUGCCAAACCCAGAAGACGAAAACCAUUUGGCAUCCCAGGUCGGAAGAGAGACAAGGACACAGACUCCACGGAGUCCACAGAGGUGGAAGCUGCUAACACUGCCAACGGUGCCCCCCCUGGAUAUUACGGCUCUAUAGACAUCCAGAAUGCCAAUGUUCCCCAAGUUGAUGAAGAGGGCUUCUGUAUCAGACCAGAAGCAAAUGAAAACGAUGCCAAAGAGAACUCCUUCUACUCGUCCAGCGACUCGGAGGACGAGGACGAGCCCAGGAAGUUCCACGUGAAGAUCAAGCCCGUCCAGCCAAAUAACGGCACGCACCAGAACCGGGCCACGAUCGACGAGCUCAAAGCCUCCAUCGGGAACAUCAUCCUGUCGCCCCCUACUUCGGGACAGAUGCGGAGGAACCAGUCCAGAAUCACAGGAGAACCUGCAUUAAGGGCUAAGGCUCAGGGUCCUGGUGAUGAACUGGCAAAAUCCAGAGUGCCAACAUCGUACGAACUGACCAACAACGACCUUCUGUCUCUGGACCCAUUCAGCCCAAAUCCAGCUGCCGGUUCCUCGUCCUCCGUGUCAUCAACAGCAGACCUUGCCUCUGUCUUCCUUUCAAUACCUCCUUCUCCAUCUUUUCUGAUGAAUGACUCAGACGUCUUUCUGCCAGAUGUCUCAGCUGAGAUGGUGCCACAGCAGGAGCCCUCAGCAGAAAGCCAUCCAUCCAAAGAGGUCUGCUCUUUCUCCUCAACUACAUCCUCUCCCUGGGACUCACCAGAAAAUCCUCCUCACACACUCAAACCGGUCCCAGCGAGGGUCCACAGCGCCCCCAUCGCCCUGCCGGCCGAGGACCCCAUUGAAAACCCGGCCGCGGGCAGCCCUCCGAGGAGCGGCGACGCCUUCUCCUCUGCGUCCUGGACUAAGAGCCAGUGGAUCGCCUUCAGCGAUAAUUUCACGCCACCUCGCCGCCAGAGCUCAGGCUUGGCUGUCAAGGAGCUGCAGAGGCCUCCGUCUGGCACUGGAAGGUCAAGUCGCUUCCACUCUGAUGACUCUAAUGACGCCUACUGCAAAGCGCCAGUAGGCAGCAGAGAGGAGAGCAGCCCCUUCUCUGAAGUCUUCUUGGGGGUUACAGACAGGGUGAUGGCACCGGCUCCGUCAGGCAGAGUAUUCAAUGUGCCAGUACCAAACCGACCUACCACCCCGCUGACAGCUGGGACCUUGGUGCCGCCGCCCAGACCGUCGUCCAGGCCCAAAUUACCAGCUGGAAAACUGACGGGCAUCAAUGAGAUUGGUCGGCCGUUCAGCCCCUCCAAAAUGUCCGUCAGCCCUCCUCCCACUGCGCCGCUCGCCCGGGCGGAGAGCUCAUCGUCCUUGUCCUCGAACGCAUCGCUUAGCGCUGCCAACACCCCCACUGUUGGUAAGCUUCAUCACCCUCUGCCUCGAGACUCUCACUUGUCCUCAGCUAGUUCAGGAGCUGAGCACCCCUUUGCUCUCCCUCUCUCCUCUCCAGAUCCAGAGUUUUUCUCCCUCCCUCCUUUUUUUCUACUAAGCCAAAAGGACGACGUGUUCAUUGCCAAGCUGCCUACUUUUGAGAAGCACUGUGAAAUGCUAGCAGGGACGUCUCGCGGUCCCAGCCCUGUGACCCUGGCAUCCCAAGAUGCUUUGCCCAUUGCCGUGGCCUUCACAGAAUCAGUUAAUGCUUACUUCAAAGGAGCUGAUCCCACUAAGUGCAUUGUGAAAAUCACAGGAGACAUGACUCUGUCUUUCCCCAUGGGCAUCAUCAAGGUGUUCACCACCAACCCCUCGCCAGCCGUCCUCUCCUUUAAACUAAAGAACACCAGCCGGUUGGAGCAGAUCCUACCCAACCAACAACUGUUGUACAGCGAUCCAUCCCAAAGCGACUCCGACUCCAAGGACUUCUGGUUUAACAUGCAAGCGCUGACGUCCUACCUCAGAAAAGCCUCGGAUCAAACCCCCUCGGCCUCCUACUACAACGUGGACAUCCUUAAAUACCAGGUGCUGUCCGACGGGAUCCAUUCCACCCCGCUCAACCUGGCCGUGUACUGGAAGUGCACAGCGAGUACAACGGACCUGCGGCUGGACUACCACUACAACCCAGACUCCAUGGCCUGUCCCGGGCCGCUCACCAACGUCCAGAUCCUAGUGGCUGUUGAUGGAGGUGUCACCAGCAUGCAGUCUCUGCCCAACUCCAUGUGGAAUGCGGAGCAAAACAAGUGCCUGUGGAAGCUGAGUGAUAUCUCAGAAAAAUCUGAAAAUGACGGUGCUGGGUCUCUGAGGGCCAAGUUCGAGCUGUCCAGUGGCCCCUCCAACCCCUCCACUCUGGCAGUGCAGUUCAUGAAUGAGGGGAGCACCCUGUCAGGAGUGGACAUGGAGCUGCAGGGAACCGGGUACAGACUGUCUCUCAGCAAGAAGCGGUUUGCCACAGGACGUUAUAUGGCCGAUUGCUGAGGCCACGUCGCCACUUUGACAUAAGUUCUCCUGAACCUCUGGAUCCACCAGCCGUUUGCCCAAAAGAUGAGAAUCUCACUACAAUAACGCAGCACUGAGUACUGAACACUGUUUAAAUAAUAAAAGAAGACUAAGAUGAGCUUUCAAGAAAUGUGUAGAUAUGAAGUCUAAAAUGCUUUUUGUUCAAUUCAUUUUUGUACAGUCUGAAGCAAUUUAUUGAUUAGACAUAAAUCAUUAUUGAUAUUGUAUUUGAGAUCAUAAAAAAGGAACAAAAAACAGCACUAACAAUCUUUUAGAUGCUUUUUUUCUUCUUGUAUUCGUUUUUAUGGAUUUAAAAUGAAACCAUUCACUCGAGGAAGAGGAAAGGUUUCUGUUUCUGUAAAUAUCAACUGAUAAUUCUGCUUUAAUCAGAUUAGUUUUUUGAUUCUUUCUUCUCACAGUUCGUCUUUUUUUGAUCAUGUGCAAUGAAGGUAGACUCUGUCUUAAAAUAAUAUGAAUCCUCUAUCGCACACAUGGCACAAGCUUGAUCUUUAAAGUCACAUUGAAGUGCUUUGAGACAAAUGCAAAAAAACAAAGGAAUCUGACCUCAGUGCCUCCUUUUAUACUGUGGAUCAACAGGUAACAGAAGUGUGUCAGCGUCUCCAGAUUGAAGCUUUGUUUCUCUGGUGCAUUUUAAAAAACCUAGAGUCUGUGAUUAGUGUCGUCUUUUUAAAACCAACACUCAUGGCCUGUUUUGUAUUUCAUCUGUUCAGCCUUAACUUUCUACUCUUUGUAAAACAGCACUGCUCAGAUAUCCUGACUGUAAACCGCCGUUAGAGGCUUUACACAUUCACGCAGAGCCUCCCGUUUCUGAUCGCGCUUCUCUGCCGGCCUUUUGUCGACUACAGCACAGCUAAUGAGAAAAGCACCGACUAUGUGCCAGUUGUGGGUGUUUUAUACUCCUUUAUUUGGAUAUUGAAGGGAAAACGUUUAGCAUCUGUCUUCCAAGAAUUAAUGAGUCAUGUUUGCAUCCUGUGAUUGAGUUUAUGGACUUAUUGAUGUUUUAUAUUGUUUUUUUUUUCUACUCCGUCCUUGUAAGUCGACCUUAACCUCUCAUCCGCUCACUGUGCAGCAGGCGACGUUAGUGAACAGUAGCACAACAACACCAAAUCAAUGAUUAAAAUGCCUUUUCAUAGCCACUCUGCACUGAAUAAUCCAGUGUUGUUGACUGUGGUUAUCUAUUGUGACACAGGAUUGCCGUCGCCCUGCGUUAGAACAGUGGUGUUGUCUCUCACCCGGUGCAUGCUGGGAUAUGGUUCCGCUUCCGCAAGUAGAAACAGCAAAUGAGCUUCUGGUUUCAGGAAGUAGAUGGAAAGCUGCCACGUUUGACUCUCUGUGCUCGAUUCAGGGCUGCUGCUGGGGGGUCCUUGUACUUCUUGAUGGAGUAUUUUAUGCUGUGUAGGAUGUUUUUUAAUUGACCUCAUCCUUGUGUGGAGAUAUGUUGAGAAGCCUAAAAACUGUGACUGGGGAUUGAUAGGAUCUGUUCUGGACUUUUAUACACUCUGUAUCACGUCGCCAGCUAAAUACUGGCGUCAGCCCAUUGUAGUUGUACUGGUUUACAGGGGAUUAAAACUCAAUUUAUACUUGAUCAUUUUAAAACCAGUGAUCCAGUCGAUUCUAGUCUGUAUCUGGCCAUUAUCUCUAACCAUCAGUUUUAGAGUAAGACACUACUUUGAAAUGGAAGAUUUUUCCAUUUUCGCUGUGUGAUUUGAAUUUAAAAUUUGUACAUAUCUCAUGACAUCAGUUGGCCAAAUGAUGAGUUUGAGUAGCGCCACACACUUGUGCAGUGAGAAAUCAAAAUGUUGCUUUAGCUUUUCUCAUAGUUAGUUCUUUUUGGUCAGACGAACCAAACGCAUUAAAGAGAAAGGCCACUUUCUGCCGUCACUGUAUUCAGUAUUAGCAAGCUGGUUCUUGCUCUCCCUACAAAACCUUCAGAGUAAAUUAACAAGGCUCGUUCUUUGAUUAAUUCUUCCUUCCUACUUUAUAUGUUGUAUUAAACAGAGUUUAAAAAGAGCACAGUUGUGUAAAUCAUUCUCAUAAAUUGUACAUUUUUACCAAUAUUGCAGUCAUUUUGUUGUCGCUACUAUAUGAUUUCUCAUUGUGCCUGUAUUAAAUGUAUAAUAUAUGAAUAUAUACAAAUAUAUGGAAAUGAAUACUUGAA